AUGGCCUCAACUCCUGCCGCCGUUGCGAGAGGCGGAAAGUCGGGAACAGCUGUAGCUAUCCUUCCACAGACUCGAAAGGAACUGGCCUUCUGGAAUCCACGGCACCGCCAUCUUGAGCUUCCUGCAGGAGAUAGACAUGAGCAUGGCCCGGCGCCCAUUCUCAAUCCUCCGGGUUGCGCACCGGUUCCGCAGAGAUCGCGAGUGGUGAAAAAUGGUCGGGGCAGAUAUGUCUACAUCGGAAACUCGGCCUCGCUGUCGUUUCUUUCGUCUAUCCGACGUAUCGUCGCUUCGGCGAUCGGAUCAUACAAGUUCACCCAAGAUGUCCACCUCUCGGCUUAUUCGCAUCAACAUCAGAUGAUUGAGACCGUCUCCAUGUUCAAGUGCUCGAACGGAACCAACCAUCCGCCGGACGUGGAUGUUCAAGUGGCUGCAGAGCUGACCACCCACUUCAGCCUGGCCACCACGGGCAUCCUCGACCUCUUCGAGCACCAUAUCCUGCAGGCGCAGGUGCGCCGCUUCGCGCAUUCACCAGACCGAGCAUGCUGGCCCCAUCAUGCAGUGCUCUACCUCGUGCUAGCACUGGGAGCACAAGCUCGUGCGCACGGUCAGGGGGACGACUACCUCGCGGAUUCCUAUUUCCAUUUUGGUCUCCAUCAGGCCAUGGGAGAAUUGGUGGAUGAGCCUAGCAUAGUGACCGUGCAGGCUUUCUGUUUGGACACCUGGUACGCUCUCGCUGCUUGCCGGAGGACGGUCGCUACGAUGUAUCUGGGCAUCGCCACUCAAGCAGACUACACCAUCGGGCUGCACAGGCCUGAAGCCAAUGUCGUCUUUGGCGCAGAACGCAUCACUUCUCGCGAGAAGGCAUGGACAGGAUUGAGGUUUUGCGACGUGUACGUGGCAGCUUUGUUGGGUAGACCAUUAGCGACCUCCAACGGCCAUUCCAAUGGCACAGCGAACUCUUCUUCCCAGAAAAGAGAAGAGCGGCUUGGGGAACUCCGCGACAGUGCAUCUCCUCCAUUGAGCGAUUUAUGUGAUACUAUGUAUCUUCGAGCGCAUUCUAUCCGAGGUCUACAUGAAUUGCUCCGUCACUCCUCAACUAGUCGAAUCCAUUGCGGCACAGCAGCGGGCAUGCAGCCCGAAGCUGUCCAGCAUGCCUAG